AAGUGAAACAAACAUCUUGGUUGUUUAUAUUUUUUUUUAAAAAAACAGAAGAAAUGAAACGUUUAAGCCCAAGUAAUUGUUCAGUUGUUUUAUUCCAUGAACAGAACGAAACAUUGGCUGACUUAGUUGACUUGCUUUAUUCUGUUUUCCCAACUGUGGUCUAUAAGACAAGAAAACCAGAUAUUGUUCAUGAACUCAAGAAACAACAGUAUGAAAAUACAUUUACUCUUUUACUGAUUGAUGCAGAAUCGUGUGGUAUAUCGAAUCAUGACGACUGUCCAGAUCUUUUGUUACAUGUUGUCCAUUUGAUUAAAGAAGGAAUUCUUUUAGAUGUAGUGCCAAUAGUGUGUUCUUCAGAUGAUACUCCAGCUUACAUGGUCAAGUGCCUACAAGAAGGUGCUGCAGAUUUCGUACUUAAGCCAAUAUGCAAAGAUGUCAUAAAAACCUUAUUUUUGAAUGUAACAAGAUAUCAUAUUCAAAAGAAACAGAAAAAACUAGACCAUAUUCAACAACUUACAGAAUCAACUAAGAGCGAGAAAAUGGUCAAUCAUACAAACAGUGGUAAAGUUUGGGAAAAGUUUAAAGAGCGUCUUAAGGGUGUGUUUUUUCAAGAGCAUUGGCUAUCGAAAUUGAUUGCAGACUAUUAUACCCCAAAACCUUGUGUGAAAAGAUCUUCUAUGGCAUCCAUGUUAGAGGAUCGUAAAGAUUAUUUAAAAUCACACAUUUGCAGUUGGGAUUUCUUACCUCUUGAUUUGAGCAACAAGGACUUGGUCCAAGUUGUCUUUAUGAUCUUGAACGAUAUUCUCACUCGUUACGAUGAACUUACGCCUCUCCGUGUUCCCAGCGAUGAUCUGUAUCACUUUAUCUUUGACAUCUGCAAUUCUUACCAUAAUACAAAUCCCUAUCACAACUUUCGACAUGCAGUAGAUGUGCUACAGGCAAACUACUAUUUCUUGUGUCAUAUAGGUGCACUGGACCCCAUGUGUCCUGAUGCAUUUGUUCGUUUUGAACAUCAACAGACAGACAAGGAAAAAGCCAUGAAUGAAAAAGUAGCGAAUAUGCUUAAACCAUUGGAUAUGUUUGCUUUAUUGAUGGCAAGUAUUGGCCAUGAUGUAGGACAUCCAGGCGUCAAUAAUCAUUUCAUGGUCUCAACAUGUACACCUUUAGCUAUUCUUUACAAUGAUAAAUCUGUUUUGGAAAGUUUUCAUGCCAUGUCAUUUUUUCACUUGUUGAAAUCGCAUUGUUUCAGUCAGCUGACAGAUCUUCGGUCUAACCCAGAAUAUGCUAGUUUUCGAAAAAUUGUGGUAAAUAGUAUCCUAGCAACUGAUAUGAGUUUACAUGAUGAUUAUGUGUCGAGGAUUAAAGAUCAAGCGGAUCGAUUAGAAUCAGAUAAGGUGGACUUUACAGACGAGAUGGAAAAGAUUUUACUUUGUGGUGCUUUGAUUAAAUGUGCUGAUAUUAGUAAUUGUGCACGUCCUUUUGAAUCUGCGAAGCGAUGGGCAUUAAUCCUUGCUGAAGAAUUCUCUGAACAAGGGGAUUUAGAGAAAGAGUUAGGAUUACCUGUGUUGCCCAUUAAUGAGCGAGGUAAAAUUCCACUAGCAGACUUUCAAUUGUCCUUUAAACGAUUGAUUGCGCUUAAGUUAUUUAAAGCAGUGAGCCAUGUCAAUUCAGGUAAAGCGUAUUGUAUGUAGAUUUCUUAUCUAAGAUCACAUACAUGUAUAGAUAUGCAAUUCACGGUGGAUUAUAUCUACCAGAAUGUGGAUAUUUGGGAAACUUCAAAAAAGAAAAAAGAACUGUAUUUAAAUGAAAAAGUAGUGGUGUCACCCAACAGUAUAUCACCACAACCUUCACCUCAAAGUAAAUGUAAUACAAGUCAACGACCUAGAUCGGGAGCUCAAUAAGUAGAAACUAUGCU